AUGGCUAGCUGUAGCAAGAAGCCAAAGGCAAUACCUGAGAGGAUUCAAAAUAUGUUACAAACUCAACACAAAGAACAAUAUGAAAGUCUCCCGACCGAGUCCGACACAGCGCCACCAGAUCAUGAAAAACUCCUCGGCCACUCGAGAAGACAGCUAGCCUGGCGCUCGCCUUUCUUAUAUGUACCUACAAUAUUAUGUUUCUUCCUCGGCAUGGCGCUCGUUGCCGUGUGCUCAUCCAAUUCGGCUCGAUUAGACUCUGUCAUCAGCCAGAUGGAAGAAAAAGUCGCGAGCCUCCAGGCGAUCUCAGCGUCAAACCCUCCAUCAUAUAGAGUUACUUUGCCGGAAGGACUCCCUCCAACUCACCCGAAAACAUCAAAGCCAACAGGAGAAGAGUUCGGUUCCUGUGGCCACUCUCCCGGCGAAGCUCAGUCUCUCGGCUGCAUUUUCGAUCCAAUGUCAUGGGCAUGGCAGCGGCCCGAGUGUUACAACGCCGAGCUGAUAAACCACUUCCUGAAUAUCACAGACUGGCACUUUUAUCCUAACAAUGCUACACGGCCGGAGGAAGAGUUGCCGAGAGAAGUCUGGGCAACAGGUGGUUAUAAUGGAGCUUGGGGUCCGUGGUCAUGGCAUAUGUAUCAUUGCUCUUACAGCUGGCGCAAAUUCGACAUGGGUUUUCAUCAUGGAAAGCCCUUGGACGAUGAUAUUCUCGAUCCGCUGCAUACUCAUCAUUGCAGCGUCCAGAUCAUCUUGCGAGAUACGGACCCGACUCUUCACGCACCUUGUCUAGAAGACCCUCACAGCUGUGAGAUUACACAGAUGUGGAUGAAGUUCAACAAGUGCGGUUACUACUGA